AAGUUGGGAGUAGUACAGGCUCUAGUUUUAAGGUUGUGUUAUGGUGCUUUCAGAAUAAGUCCAGUAUCUGUUCAUUAAGAGAAGAUGGGAGGAUGCUGUUAAGAUAAGAUACUCUUUUAUUAGUCCCACAAGGUGAAAUUCCCAUUUACAGUUUAUCCCUUCCAACAGGAACAAGAGAACUGACAUAUCGCACCUGUCUGAUGUGAAACAAAAAUAACUAAGUAUGCAGUCCUGGGCAAAUACAUGAAAAUAUCUAGGAAAUAUUGGAUAGACAAGAUAAGUAAGUGCAUUAUCACUGUUAGGAGAGUGAAAGGGAUAAGCAGUAACAAAAUGACAAAAUGCAAAUAUAUAUAGCAGCUUGCAGAUCGGUUGCAAGCACUUGUACAAACACGUACAAAAAUUUGACCUAUAAACCCAAGGAUUCUAAUACAAGAAGCACAGGUGUCAGAUUCAGCAUACCAAAUCCAUUUGUUUCUGUAAAAAGACAAACAUCAGACUGUCAGUUGACACAGUUGAAAUGUUUUUCAUUUUAGAUACAAGCUCAGCUGUAAUAUCAUUACAGUUACAUGCCUUUGGUAGCAGACACAUUUUUUAUGCAAUAUAUUACACUUUCCAGAUCAGAUACGACUGAAUUAUAUCCUAUUUUGCCCUUAAGUCUUUGUAAAUAAUCCGAAACUAGAUCUACCCUUUCUAUAAAGUGUCAGGAGGUAACAUUUGUUGUGAUUAGGUACUGUCCAAGCAAACAUUGUUUGAUGAGAAAACAGACUAAAAAUAAUAAAGUAUAUAUUGGCAGAAGACAUUCAUGUGGACGCCAGAAAUGCACACAUUGAUGAAUUGGCACAGCCUUAUCGUUUAUCACGAGAAUUAUUUGGGGCCUAAAACAUUUUGCAUAAAAUACCCAUAAUUUAAACACAUUAGGUAGCGGUAUUGCACUUGAAAGCCAGGAGACUAACACCGCAAAAAAGAAAAAAUGAAUAAGAAUUGUCAGCGCAGACGGACUACAAUCCCCACAAUCCAUCGGGCCGGUCAAUGCUUUGAGUGCGUGCCCUCGAAGGGUAGCAGGCAGCAGUAGACACUGUGAGAUAGUACAGCCGGCCUCGGCUUUGGUGAGAGGUAAGUUUUCCAUACUACUAUUUAGACAGUCUUCUGAAAGAUUAGUCAAUGAGAACAUAACCCAAUACAAACGCGCUAAACUUACCUGACAUUUCAACAAGCAUAUGGUUGGGGAAGUUGUUAAAUUGGCUACCCUUCUUCGGCUGAGGGCUAACGUUGGGCACGCCUAUGUAGGGUAGCUGCUCCUGGGUCCGAAAGCUGUAUGCGCGGGCCCAGAGGAGGCAUCAACACUUUCAGGAGACAGGGUAUUUUUAGCCACCAGUGAAGGGGCGAGUGUCGGUCAGUCAGUUGGCUAACGCACAAAAAUAUCAUUUAUCUGACGUCGAGCGUUUGCUGGAGGAGAAGCAUGUUUUAGGAUAUACACAGAGUCUUUACCAAUACAGGCUAUCAACAUGAGCAAACAAGACAGCUUAUAAGCUAGUAGCAGCUAGUUAGCUUAUGGUAACUAGCCACACAUGAGCUUUCCAUUUAUCAUCCUAACCGUUAGCAACUAAGCCUAUUUACUCUUUCCCCUCCCCGAUAACAUUUACGCGGGCUGAACCAAUGCUAUUUAUGUAACCAUGGAAUUCAUGGUAACGUUAUGUGACGUGUUAAAGCCGUCGAAGCUCACACAUUUUUGGAGCCUACAGAUUGUUCCAGUAACAACAGUGUAUCGCUGGGUGGAAGCACAUGACUUGUGCUGUCAGUGUCAUUCAAGUACGUGAAACGGCGUGUUGAACACAACACGGCUGACCCUUGCAAAUGUAUCACCUUACUGUGCUUUUCUCAACUGUGGUGGCAUUUGCAGACUUGUGAUUCUAAUUUUGUUUAUUAUAUAUUUUUUCCUUUUAUGUUUUUUUUUAUGAUAAGUUAAAAUUUCUGUCGUCAUUCAGGACGAACAUUACUGUUGAUAGCCUUUUAGUGUGUUGCGUCACCAGGACCAAACACUGGUCCUUUGAGUGGAUUGUCCAUCUGGAUAUAUAUAUAUCUCAUUAUACAUACUUAUCAAUAAAAACACCUGUGCCAGUGAUUGUAUAUACAAAAAUUCGUCAAUGUACUUACAGACGAAUAAAGGUCCUUGGUUUUUAUGUUGUGUAGCGUUGGUUUGUUUGGUUGUUUGUCUGUUAGCAACUUUACAGAGAAAGUUACAGACGGAUUGACCUGAAAUGUUCACCAGAGGUGCGUCUCAGCCCCAGGAGGAUCCCAUUACAUUUUGGUGGUGAUCUGGAUCGCCUUCUGGAUCCAGGAAUUUUUUGAAGGAUUCUUUAUCAUUGUGAGAUAGGGCAAAUUUUGGAAUUUUUGCAUUUAACUCUAUAAAAAUGGCCAGAGUCUUUAGUAAAAAAUUACACAAAAGGAUCUCAGUGAGUUUUAUGAGGUGUCAAAGGUUGAUCCUGAUCCAGACAAAAUUGCGGAUACUGUGAUCCAGAACACACAAAAAUAAGGGUAUUGUUGGAAUUUUCAAUGCUGAAAGAUAACCAAUAGGCGGCACAGUGGUGUAGUGGUUAGCACUGUCGCCUCACAGCCAGAAGGUCCUGGGUUCAAAUUCAGGUCAGGGCAUUUCUUGUUUUAGGAACAAUGAACAUACCAGUGUAAACACAAAUAAAUGUUAAUAAAAGACACGUAACAGUAAAAGUUUUGGUGCGAAUCACAAUAUAAGGGGGGACAUGAGCUGCUUGGCGGAGGUCUGCGCUCUCCGAGUGCUUUUCUAGUUCAAAAUGUAGUUCUUUCUUAGAAAAUACAGGAAAACUUUAUAGUACAAAGACAAGGCAACCGACAUGGCCUCACUUGGGGCUUCUUUAUCAUAUGGGGGACUGAGCAGGUGACAUACAAUUAAUAAUGAUGAUAAUCUUCACAUAUUAGCUAGCUAUUACAUAAUAGAAAUAAUUCUGAGAACGGCAACAGCUAGAGUAUCUUGAAAUAUGAAGAAAAGAAAUGUUGGGCUCUGGGGGAAUACUUCGACGAAAUAUUCUUUGUUGUGGUGUGCAAAUUAUAGUUUUUGGAGCAUUUUGAGAUCAGACUAUGAGAAAAAGAGAUAUUUUUUUGGUAAUUACAAGUCAGUGUCAUGAAAGAAUUAUUCAGAUCUUUUAGUUUAACAGUCAUAACACUGUUCACAGAUGUCCACAAUUGUUGGACUGCAUUAGACAUUGCUUAAGAACAACACUGAAAGGACACUUCUUAGGAAACAAAAAGGAAUGGUAGUGAUGAUAAUGAAUAGGCAGUUUGGGGCUUUUUAUUGUAAUAAUUUAUGAAAAUUUUGGGUUCAUUUAUACAUGUGUUACUUCUUCUGUUGCGUUUUCAAAACAUGGUGACAUAACAUGGAAAGAGAAUUGAUCUAAUACAAGAGUUUUAAUUCUACCUUUAAAAGAAACCAUGAAAAACAGAACUUGUAGUUCCAGAUAUUGUUUAUCUAUUGACAAAGUUAGUUGUGACUUUUUUUGUAUAUGUUGCAGUAUACUGCUUCACUCCUUCUGCUGCUUUUCAUAUUGCAUUACAUUGCAUACAAGCCUUUACACAGAACAAAAGGUGUCUAGAUUUGGUCAAUUUGGGCUCAAAGAUAAAAAUUACAUGUUGUAUAACCAGUUUAUAGGGCCCCUUUGUUUUCACUAUUUGUUUUUUAUUUGAUUUUAAAAUUAUUAUUUAACAUGUAUUUUUGAAAUGUAUCAGAAAUGGCAACAAAUUAACCCAUGUCCCAAAAAUUGGUUGCUCUGUCUUCCUGAUGGUAAUCUGACAGACAUCUACUGUUAUUUUCCUGGUUAACUGAGUGACUAUUCCCACCCAAGGUAUGAUCUGUUGGCAGGAGAAGCAAUGCUAGAGGCUACAGAUGUUUUAGUGGUAGUGUAGUGUAGUGUUUUAGUGGCGUGUUUUUCAUGCUUGCAAUUAACACAGCAAAUACAGUUUUCAGUUCAUCACGUACCUCUGUACUUGAGGCUGAGAUCUGUGUGGCUCACAGAAAAAAUGUGUGAGAUGCACUGCUCACAUAGGCAGUCCGAACCAAUAGAUCUAAACAUGCAUGAGGCAUUAAAGCAGCCAACACAACUCCUGCAUGAUGCUAGGAGGUGUGGAGAGACGCAAGCAAGAUCAGAGUUUAUAGUACCAAACUGUACCAUACUCCACUGAACCAAACCAGACCUCCUGGGGAAAACGCAUCAAUACACAUCAUCAGAAUCUAAACAGGAGGAGGAAGACCUUAGUGACAAGUUGGAGGGGUCGUAUCUGAUUUGUGUAAUCACCUGCUUCCUAUACAUCAUCCUGCUUAUUUCCCAACUAUCAGCUAAGGUUAUGACUAAGAUGGCACUAAAUAUUAAAUUGAUAUUUUAAAGUUAAAAAUCUAUUCUCUAUACAGCUUGGAAAUAGUUCCUCUAAUUGCAGAGUCAGUAAUGCUCCCAUGGCAACGGAUGGUUGUAUGCCUGCUUGCACUUGGAAUGACCUUUAAUCAGAACAAUUCAGUUCAUCGUCAAAUCAAAAAUAAAAAGGACAUCUUUCCAUAUAGAAAACGCUAGUGCUCCACCACUAUCCAUCAAGUCUUCAUGUGAAAGUCUGUUUCCUGAUGUUCAAGUUUGCUUUGAUAGAUCAUAACAGACACAUCAGACUUCAUUGAAAUCUAUUUUAUAAUAUGUAUUUUAUAUAGCUUAUGUAUUUUAUAACAAACUUGUUACAAUCGGUUUAAGUCCUCUUUAAAAAAAAAAGCACCCUAUAUAAAUAAUGUAAUAGGAAUUGUUGAAGUAUUGUAAACUAGAAAAGCACUCGGGGAGCGCAGACCUCCGCCAAGCAGCUCAUGUCCCCCCUUAUAUUGUGAUUCACACCAAAACUUUUACUGUUAUGUGUCUUUUAUUAACUUUUAUUUGUGUUUAAACUGGUAUGUUCACUGUUCAUAAUGUUCCUAAAACAAGAAAUGCCCUGACCCGGAUUCAAACCCAGGACCUUCUGGUUGUGAGGCAACAGUGCUAACCACUACACCACUGUGCCGCCCAUCUACACCACUGUGCCGCCCAUUGGUUAUCUUUCAGCAUUGAAAAUUCCAACGACACCCUUAUUUUUGUGUGUUCUGGAUCACAGUAUCCAGAAUUUUGUCCGGAUCACCACCAAAAUUUAACGGGAUCCUCCUGGGGCUUUCUCCGUUAAGUUGCUAACAGACAAACAAACUCACAAACAAACAAACCAACGCUACCGAAAACAUAACCUCCUUGGCGGAGGUAAUAAAGUCACACUUAGGAAGUGAUUGUAUACAGAACAGAUAGCGCCCCUUAUGUCCCAUUCUCAAAUGUAUCUUAAGUGUCAUCAUUGCGUUUGUUACGUAUUUGUCUGGCUGUUAUUUCUUCACUCUGCUAAUCCAGUCAAGAACCCUGCAGGAGCCCACACAUCAGAAUCAGCUUUUUUGGCCACACUUACACAUACAAGGAAAUUGACUCUGGUAGACUUUGUGUUCUAUGCAAAAACAUUUGACAUGAUGAAAUAUUACAAAAAUGACAAAAAUAUGUUCUAGCUUGGACAUUUAACUUUUAUGUACAAGAGUGUUUAAGGUAGUAGUACAAAAGUGAGGAGUGCAGAGGAAGGUUGAGUGGUAGAACGAUUUUUUACGUAUGUUGUAUAACAGGUGGAUUAUGUACAUGAGGUAGAUAUACAUUAGUGUUAAAUACAGAAUUGACAUUAAAAUAUUCGAUAAUGGUGUGCAGAGGUACAUGUCAGAUGAGUGGAUGAUGUCUGUAGUUAGAAUAUGUGGAGGAGUUGUUAUAGAUGAUCGUAGUUUAAAGGUUAGAUAAACAGUCAUUUACAGUCACAGUGGUUGUUCUGUCACUCUGUGAACGUUAGGAUUUCAUCAGAGAAACAGCCCAGGAGAAAAAAACAUUCUUUGAGUCAGUUGGUUUUGGUGUACUGUGAUCUUAAACAACUACCUGAGGUGAGGGGUUCAAACAGUUUGUGACCUGGGUGUGAGGGGUUGUCCCCUGCAAAUCCCAUACAGAGCAGCUUUCUGAAAAACUUCCCGGUUCAGGAAGGAAUCAACAUAAAAAUCUGGUCUGGAGUGGACUGCACAAACAUGAGGGAUCUUUGAUAUUUUUUCAGAUAGUGAAAUACAAGUUUGAGUUAUGAAGAUGAGUCACCUCAGUCAGUCCCACAGCUCCACCCGUCAGAUCACUUCUGGACAUGCCUUGGUUCACUAAUGACAUGUGUCAGCACCUUUCAAAACGGUAUUGUUAGACUUAACAUCUCACAACUAGAGGAGCUUGGAGGACACACUGUCAAAGCGUGAUGUUGGAAGUGCAGUGGUGUAGCGCAGUCAUUUCCUUUCACCUCUGAUUCUCUCUUAGGGGUAGUAACAGACAGAAAAGAAGGAAGACGGUGGGGGUGUGUCAGGUCAGAGUUGGUGAAACAACACAGUGUGUAUGUGGAGUUCCUGUUUAGUGUUUACAAGUCGUGCCUCUGGCGUUACUGGAACAACCUGAAUUGCACACACACACACACACACACACACGACCAAGAGGCUGCAGUUUGCAUUUUAAUAUCUGGUCAAAGGGGUAAACAAACAGGUUUAUGUGGUUAUGUGGUCAUUACAUUGUUUCCCGUAGGUUGAGAAUUUACUUGUGGUGGUGGGCUGGGCGGUGCAGGGUGGCGCCGUGGUGUUUGAUAAGUGCAUUCAAAAUAAUCUAGUCAAACUAAGGUUUAUGAACUAUGCGUUAUUUAUUGCACAUACAGGGCUCCAGACUAACUUGUUUUGCUAAGAGUACAGUAACCCCUAACUAAACAUUUUAGGAGCACAAGCAGAAAGUUUAGGGGUGUACACUGUAACUUGACUUACAAGGCAGAUAAUUCACAUUUCCUCUCAUUUUCACUGUAUUACUGAUAAAUAAGUAAUAAAUGCAGAAAUUAGGACUGGGCGAUUAUAUGAUCGUGAUCGAUGAUCGCGAUUAAUUUCAGUUCGAUCACGGUGAUCAGCUGUGAGCAUAUUUACUCGAUCAAACAUGGCAGAAACGUGCGUCACAACAGCCAAUCAGAGUCGGGCUUUUCCUGCUCACUUCUGUAAGUUACCGGAGAAGUAAACAGGAGAAGUAAACAGAAUGACCGAACAUGGAGCUAAACGCGGAGCUUAGGGCCGCAAAACAGAUGUCAGCUGUGACUUUGAGUCCUCCUCAGAAGGUGUUAUAGUUGAGGAGUUAUUCAACGUCUCUCCAAAGUGACGUCGAGCAAUUAAGCCGAUAAACCGGCAACAUAACAAAUCUGUUCUCCCCGAGUGAUUAUGCGGGAAGCCUGAAAAUGUGAGCGGAGUCUGCACAGCCUGUCACUGCUGACGGUACGAGUAGCAUUAGCAGUUUAGCCACAACUAGCGGUGCAGCCACGGACCAAAACAGCGAUCGGUCAUAUCCAUACCUGCCAACACUCCCGUUUUUCCCGGGACUCUCCCCUAUUUCAGACGUAGGCCUAUCUCCCGCCCACCCCCCGUAUUGUCAUUUCUUCCGGGAAUUUCUCGUAGCGCAGUCCGCAUUCAUUCAUGAAUUGGAUCACUAUUUCUAAUUGUAUCUUAUUCAAUUUGCUUUGUUAUUUACUUUGUAUGUUAAUAAAAUGUUGAACUAAUCUCUAGUUUUUUUUUCAGUUGUUAGUACAGAUACUUUAAAACUGGCACGAAAAAAAAUCGUGAUAUUAAUCGAGAUCAGACCAUAUGACAAAAUAAAUCGUGAUCUUUUUUUUUUUUUUUGCCAAAUCGCCCAGGCCUAGCAGAAAUUAAAAUGUGCUGUUUUAAAUUCAGUGUAACAUUUUAUUGUGCACUUUUAAAGAUGCAAAACAAACAGAAAACAUAAGGUAGACAGCACAUUAUCAUUAUACUGACCAGAGAGAAGUUUUUUUUUUUUCCACACAUGGCCUUUAUUUACAACUUCAGACUGCUACAGACUGUUGCCUUGUUAACAAACAACCAAAUGGUUGAAAUAGCUUUCAAUUGGCUUCAUGUCUUGAAGAAGAAAAAGUACCGUCAGAGACAAAACCAGUGGUACAAUAACAGAAACUGUAUGAGGAAGAAAAAAGUAUAGAAAAGCACUCGGAGAGCGCAGACCUCCACCAAGCAGCUCAUGUCCCCCCUUAUAUUGUGAUUCACACCAAAAAUUUUACUGUUAUGUGUCUUUUAUUAAUGUUUAUUUGUGUUUAAACUGGUAUGUUCACUGUUUAUAAUGUUCCUAAAACAAGAAAUGCCCUGACCGGGAUUCGAACCUAGGACCUUCUUGCUGUGAGGCGACAGUGCUAACCACCAUCUACACCACUGUGCCGCCCAUUGGUUAUCUUUCAGCAUUGAAAAUUCCAACAACACCCUUAUUUUUGUGUGUUCUGGAUCACAGUAUCUGGAAUUUUGUCUGGAUCAGGAUCAACCUUUGACACCUCAUAAAACUCAUUUAGAUCCUUUUGUGUAAUUUUUUACUAAAGACUCUGGCCAUUUUUAUAGAGUUAAAUGCAAAAAUUCCAAAAUUUGCCCUAUCUCACAAUGAUAUAGAAUCCUUCCAAAAAUUCCUGGAUCCAGAAGGCAAUCCGGAUCACCACCAAAAUGUAAUGGGAUCCUCCUGGGGCUGAGACGCACCUCUGGUGAAAAUUUCAGGUCAAUCCGUCUGUUACUUUCUUCGUAAACUUGUUCACAGACAAACAAACCAACCAACACUUCCGAAAACAUAACCUCCUUGGCAGAGGUAAUCAACAUCAAGUUAGUGUGGCCGGAGUGCAACAGUUUGGGUGCGCUUCCAUAUAUCCACCAACAUGUCACGCGCUGCACCGCAUUUGUCUGGAGGAAACCUUGCUGUCUGUGUGUCUGUAUGACCCUCAUGGAAUGAUGGGUGAUGAGCCCACCAUUUUUUCUCUCUCUUUUUUUUUCUGAAGUUGCCAUUUUCUGUAAAUGAUGAAGAAAAGUAUGUUGUGUGUAUGUGAAGACACUGGACAUGUUAACAAAGACCCCGGCCAGAAAACAAUCAGAGAUGCUGUUCUCGUAAACCAGUCAAAUUAACAAAACUGGGAAAAUUGUUGUUUGUAUUGAUUUUAGGUCAUUACAUGUAGCAUUUUAAUUCUGUGUGAGCUUUCAAAUGGGACAGGUGUGUGUCUGAGCUUAACCAUGUACUACCUUUAUGCCUGGUCUUUUUAAUAUCAUGAAGGUUAUGGUCUAGACUGGCUCUUUUUGUUAAGUGUCUUUAGAUGACUUUUUUUUUUUUGAAUUGGCGUUAUAUGAAUAACGAUUGAUUUAUUAAGCUGCUCAUGAUUGUGAAAUUAUCCUGAUGUUAGACUCAGAAUUCUGAGAAAAAAGUCAGAAUUCUGUUUUUAAUCUCAGAAUUCUGACUUUUUUCUCCCAAGAUAAAAACUGUGGGCACAAGCAUGAUUCUCUUUAGCCAUUCACUGCAUCCAAAAUGGAGAGUCCAUGUCAUACCUGUUUCGCAACAUCGGAGUGGUCGACUCACUAGUAACUUUUGUCGUUGACUGUUUAGCCUUUUAUGCAUCUGAAGUUGAUGAUUUGAAAGGGAAUUGUCACGUGAGAUUGGUGUCAUGUUCCACUUUAGCUAGUUUGUCAGUCAUUCAUUUGCAAAACAGAUAGAACUCAUCUCAAAAUUCUGACUUUUUCUCAAAAUUCUGACUUGAGAAUUAGAAGUCUGACUUGUUUUCUCAGAAUUCUGACUUUUAUCUCAAAAUUCUGACUUUAAUCUCUGAAUUUUGACCUUUUUUCUUAGACAAAUAAACAGUGGCCCUAAUCCUCUUCUGUAGUAUUUCUGACCUGCUUCUUUUCUUUGUCGCCAUCUCUCUUUUGUGCAUUGCAGGGUGAGCCAGGAUGGUGGACCAGCCUCUGUGGGAACAUAUAGGAUCCAGCUUUGUGUCGCACUACUAUCAUAUGUUUGACAAUGACAGAUCACAACUUGGAUCCAUAUAUGUGAGUGUUAUUAAAAAAACUGCUUUUCCAGUAAAUUGGCAGCCUUACUUGACAAAAUUACUGGUACCUGUCAGACAAAGUCUGUUUACCCAUGUGAAAACCUAACCUGUCUCAAUCGGAAAAUGAGAAAAAAUUUUAAUGUUAUCCUCUGACCCAAAUAGUCAGCGGCCUUAACCCUUUAAAUAAACAACAAACAAUUAUCAAUUUCAGACAAACGGUGCAGCAGGUGGGCAAAGCUACUCUGAACUGAGUGAUAUGAUACAACUGUAUUUCUUUCUCUUAAGCUGCAUCCUCUACAUUUUAUCCUCUUUCUUUGUUCUACCAUCAUCAACAGAUUGAUGCAUCAUGCCUUACGUGGGAAGGACAGCAGUUCCAGGGAAAAAGAGCUAUUGUUGAAAAACUCACUGUGAGUCUGUCUGUUUACCUGUUGCUGUGUAGUAAGGUAACGCAUAACAGUCAAGUCAGUGACUGCUCAAGUAUGCGAUCCAGUUGCAUUUUCGGUCAGCAGGUUGCACCGCAGAAGCAAGGUUUUUCUGAGAACUCUGAUUAUGUAAGCAAUAAGGCAAUUUAUUAAUCUGCACUUUUAACCGGGUCAAUGUAAAAUUUUUGAAUGCAUGCAGCAGUGAAGUGAUCCAAUUUCUCCAAAUGUGUUCCUAGAUCAACAGUUAAAGGGAUAUUCUGGCAUAACAUUAAUUUAGGGUCAAACACACUGCAACACCAAGUUAGACACUACCUCGAGAGAUGAAUGUUGCUGACUGCUUGCUUCUCUAGUUAUACCAACUUUAGUAACGACCACACGAUAGCAAUACACAGCAGUCUGAGGAACCAUAAACAAACCUCAACCAAAAAGCCACUCUGUAGCCACAAAUAAUGCUCAGAACAGCACCUGACUCCAUCAACAGUACAUAUAAGGUCUCAGCCAUAGUUCUAGCCAUCAAACAUCUUUUUAGCUUCGCCUGAUUUCUUUAGCAAAGAGACUAAACACAACUCACCUACUCUCUUACAGCAGCCACUAGUUUGUAGAGAGACCUCAGGCCAGUCCAUUAUGGACUGCUGCAGGGUUACUAAGCUCAAGGAAGAACAUUUAUGAUCAUUUCUUUAUCAUUUACUUAAAGUAAGAAUCACCAUAUUAAUCAUUUUGCACUGCAGACGCGGUAGUUCUUCUGCCUUAGCGUCUCAGUAUGAUUGCAUUUCCAUGAAGAAAUAAUUAUUAAUGUUCUUCCUUGAGCUGUGUCCCCUCGCAGUUGUCCGUAAUGGACUGGCCCGAGGUGUCCGUACAAACAAGUGGCUGCAGGAGGAGAGUUGGUGAGUUGUGUUUAGUCUCUUCGCUAAAGAAAUCAGGCAAAGCUAAAAAGAUGUUUGAUGGCUAGUAUUAUGGCUGGGACCCUAUAUGUACUGUUGAUGAAGUUAGGUGCUGUUCUGAGCAUUAUUUGUGGCUAUAGAGUGGUUUUGUGGUUGAGGUUUGUUCAUGGCUAUGUACACUCACCGGCCACUUUAUUAGGUACACCUGUCCAACUGCUCGUUAACACUUAAUUUCUAAUCAGCCAAUCACAUGGCGGCAACUUAGUGCAUUUAGGCACGUAGACAUGGUCAAGACAAUCUCCUGCAGUUCAAACCGAGCAUCAGUAUGGGGAAGAAAGGUGAUUUGAGUGACUUUGAACUUGGCAUGGUUGUUGGUGCCAGAAGGGCUGGUCUGAGUAUUUCAGAAACUGCUGAUCUACUGGGAUUUUCACGCACAACCAUCUCUAGGGUUUACAGAGAAUGGUCCGAAAAAGAAAAAAUAUCCAGUGAGCGGCAGUUCUGUGGGAGGAAAUGCCUUGUUGAUGCCAGAGGUCAGAGGAGAAUGGCCAGACUGGUUAGAGCUGAUAGAAAGGCAACAGUGACUCAAAUAACCACCCGUUACAACCAAGGUAGGCAGAAGAGCAUCUCUGAACGCACAGUACGUCGAACUUUGAGGUAGAUGGGCUACAGCAGCAGAAGACCACGCCGGGUGCCACUCCUUUCAGCUAAGAACAGGAAACUGAGGCUACAAUUUGCACAAGCUCAUCGAAAUUGGACAAUAGAAGAUUGGAAAAACGUUGCCUGGUCUGAUGAGUCUCGAUUUCUGCUGCGACAUUCGGAUGGUAGGGUCAGAAUUUGGCGUCAACAACAUGAAAGCAUGGAUCCAUCCUGCCUUGAAUCAACGGUUCAGGCUGGUGGUGGUGGUGUCAUGGUGUGGGGAAUAUUUUCUUGGCACUCUUUGGGCCCCUUGGUACCAAUUGAGCAUCGUUGCAACGCCACAGCCUACCUGAGUAUUGUUGCUGACCAUGUCCAUCCCUUUAUGACCACAAUGUACCCAACUUCUGAUGGCUACUUUCAGCAGGAUAAUGCGCCAUGUCAUAAAGCUGGAAUCAUCUCAGACUGGUUUCUUGAACAUGACAAUGAGUUCACUGUACUCAAAUGGCCUCCACAGUCACCAGAUCUCAAUCCAAUAGAGCAUCUUUGGGAUGUGGUGGAACGGGAGAUUCGCAUCAUGGAUGUGCAGCCGACAAAUCUGCGGCAACUGUGUGAUGCCAUCAUGUCAAUAUGGACCAAGCUCUCUGAGGAAUGCUUCCAGCACCUUGUUGAAUCUAUGCCACGAAGAAUUGAGGCAGUUCUGAAGGCAGAAGGGGGUCCAACCCGUUACUAGCAUGGUGUACCUAAUAAAGUGGCCGGUGAGUGUAUAUUGCUAUCGUGUGGCCAUUACUAAAGUUGGUAUAAGUAGAGAAGCAAGCAAUCAGCAACAUUCAUCUCUCGAGGGGUGUCUAACUUAGUGUUGCAGUGUGUUUGACCCUUAAUUAAUUUUACGAUGGAAUAUCCCUUUAAGGUGUGUUGGAGACACAAACAACAAUAAUAUUUCCUACUCUUUGUCUCUAUUUGUCUUUGUUAUUCUAUCUCUCCCUUCUUUGUCUUUUGGAGUUACAUUUUUCAGAGCAGUAAUGAAUCAUCAGGUUGAAGUUAAUUGUGUGGCUGUAGAUUUAAAUAGGCAACUUUGUGUCAGUUUCAUUCUGGGAACCCUCCCCCAUAAGGAUAGUAUGCUUGUUUUUAUGAAUUUAUUCGCAACGAUUCAUCAAUUUUAGUUGUGAUAAAUGAGAGGAAUGACAUAGAUGAGCUCUGUAUGAGGUGAAUAUUUUUAUUGGUAUUAACUUUUUUAUUUUUUCCUGUGAUUGCUUGAAAAGCCUCUAAUAAUUAUUCUGUGUAUUUUUCUUCUGUCUGUGUGUUUGUGUACCAGAGUCUCCCCUUCACAAAAAUAGCGCAUAGUAUAACAGCACAGGACCACCAGCCGACUCCAGACUGCUGCAUCUUGAGUAUGGUAGUGGGACAGCUAAAAGUAAGAAGUACCUGAAUUAACACUUGUCAAUGUCAUCUGUUUUACAACCCCUUUGAAAAAAAAGGCAAUUUUAGCUGAUGAUAAAAUUGAAAUUGAUACUGAUACCCCUGUAUGACCUAAAACAAGACCAUUUACAUUUGUCAUUUUUAAUGUCUGAAAACCAUGAGUCAGGGUUCAGACUGAUGCCUCGUUUGCAUGACAACUGAGUUUUGCUAUCUCUGCAUCCUUGUGCUAAUACAUUGCAGCUCAAAACAGUGCAACAUGGGUGUCCUAGUGUGUGAUUACACAUGUGGAAGAGGUAUGGUUUAUAAACAAACUGCAAGAGUGUCAGAUGCACAACACUUAGACACGCACACACGGGGCGCUGUUCUUGCCUGCUUGACAAAUACACACACACAGACCCGGGGUGGAAACACUUUGUCUCAUUAACCCACAACCUGCCCGUGUGUGGCAUCUCUAUAUGUCACACAUUGCAGGUGAGACACAAAGGGUGCAAAUAUCCUGCCUUGAAAUGCCAGUAUAUAAGGUCCAUAAGCAGGGAACUGUACACCACAAAUACAUUUUAUGUUCAUGUUUCAAGGAUAAGAUCCUCAGUUAGUGAUAAAUCCCAGACCCAAUAAAUACAGUAUGUCUGUCAGAAGACAGCAUGAGGAUUCUAUCAAAGAGAGCUCCAGAUGAAUGUUUUCCAAAUGGUUGUGAUCGUCCUGAAAUGAAUGCCAGACAUCCCAAAACCAAAACGUCACAGAAUCUCACUUACACUUAACUGAAUUAAGCACAGUAUGUUAAGUUAUUUGGUUAUGUUACAAGUUUCUUCCCUCUCUCCAGCUGAAAAUGGAACUUUGCUAUCAUACUGAAAGUAAGCCAAACAAACUACAGGCUAUAUAAAGACAUCAGGCAGACUCGUGAAAAUAAUUCUAAAUAAUGACAUUUUACCAUAUAAAAACCUAACGAGCUUUUCAUAGUCCCUGUAAAUGGGUUAGUUUUUAGAGUGAUUCUUACAACCAAAAAUGCUUCAGAAGAGAAACCUUUGGGAUGUUAACAUUUGUGUAAUACUUUAUUUAAUAUAUACAUUUUGGUUAAAGGAGUUGGUAUGGUUAAUAUCACAGGCAAUAGCAUUAACUUGGAACUGUGUAGAUUAUGUCAGUGUUUGUCUUCACCAUUUGUUACCUCUGCCAGGAGGAUCCCAUUACAUUUUGGCGGUGAUCCGGAUCGCCUUCUGGAUCCAGGAAUUUUUUGAAGGUGUCUUUGUCAUUGUGAGAUAGGGCAAAUUUUGGAAUUUUUGCAUUUAACUCUAUAAAAAUGGCCAGAGUCUUUAGUAAAAAAUUACACAAAAGGAUCUCAAUGAGUUUUAUGAGGUGUCAAAGGUUGAUCCUGAUCCAGGCCAAAUUCCAGAUAGUGUGAUCCAGAACACACAAAAAUAAUGGCGUCGUUGGAAUUUUCAAUGCUGAAAGAUAACCAAUGGGCGGCACAGUAGUGUAGUGGUUAGCACUGUCGCCUCACAGCAAGAAGGUCCUGGGUUCGAAUCCUGGUCAGUGUAUUUCUUGUUUUAGGAACAUUAUGAACAGUGAACAUACCAGUUUAAACACAAAUAAAAGUUAAUAAAAGACACGUAACAGUAAAAGUUUUGGUGUGAAUCACAAUAUAAGGGGGGACACGAGCUGCUUGGUGGAGGUCUGCGCUCUCCGUGUGCUUUUCUAGUUAAGUUAUACAACUAUGUUGUCCUUACUUGCCUCAUCAUUCUGGCUCCCAUCAACUCAAAUACCCAGCCAGUUAUUUAAAAGCUGAACUAAAACGUAUUCACUGCGGUUUUCUCUUUUUGUUUGUUUGCAGGCAGAUGAUGACCCCAUCAUGGGUUUUCAUCAGAGUUUCAUCCUGAAGAACAUUAACGAUGCAUGGGUGUGCACCAACGACAUGUUCAGGUUGGCCAUUCACAACUUUGGCUAACCACCCCCUUUCAUACUCUGGUGGGCAGGGGUGGCCAUAGGGCACUGUGUGAUGGAGUAUGGAGCGAAGGGGGGAGCUAAAGUGUGAGUUAUUGGAGGACACUCACCCCUUUCUCCUACUAUCUCAUUUAUGCCUGUUUGAGAGCAAGCAAACACCGGAUUCUAGAUGUCAAUCACUGAACCUCAUCCAGGUGGGUUUUAGGACAAACCCAGCUAGUACAAUUGCAACGUGUUUCUUUGCUGAGAGCCAGCCGACCAAUCAGAUGCCCCUGUCUGCUACUCUGCUGAUCUGCAUGACGCUGGGAGCCUCCCACUACAAUAUCUACACUCAAGUCACCAAAAAGACAAACAGCUGACUGGCGCCAAUAACUCAUCCUCUGCUCUACUUGCUGCCGUUCUUUACUUAAUUCUAAUCUAUUAAAAUGUACUGUUUACUGAACUGUUGUUGACUGGUUUCCAACUCCAUGUUUAGGUUCAGAUUUGGCUUCUAGUUUUCCUCUCGCUAUGUUGUAACUUGUUUUUAGAUGCCACUUCUGUCUUGCCUUAGUGUGUUUAACUGCGUUUUAUCUCCCUCAUGUACUUGUUUACUUUGCAAGCUUUCACUUUUUUAUGCCAGGUUUUGCUCUUGCAAACCAAAGAAUAGCGAAGGACAUGAAAUUUAACCUUCCUGUGAUUGGCUCUGAUCCCACAAGUUCACUCAGUCUCUCACUCUUUCUGUUUUUCUUUUAUGCAUCUCAUGUCAGGCAGUUAACAUGGUCUACAACCACAAUAGACAAUAAACCUUGACUUUUUGAUAAUGUU